AUGGAGGUUGCAAUGGUGAGUGCAGAUAGCUCUGGGUGCAACAGCCACAUGCCCUAUGGAUAUGCGGUCCAAGCUCGGGCCCGAGAGAGAGAGCGGCUGGCACACUCAAGAGCUGCAGCAGCUGCGGCCGUAGCGGCAGCAACGGCAGCAGUAGAAGGUGGGGCAACGGGUGGAGGUGGACCAUAUCACCACUACCAUCAGGAACAGAGUCGAGGUGCAUCCUCCUCUCAUGGUGGAAAUGCGUCACGCAGCAGCGUGCCCCACCGCCAGAGUGGUAAGAGGCGGAAGAAGGGGAAGAAGAGGAGCCACCACUUGGGAAGUAGGGAGUGUGGGGCCUCCUUCCCCUGUUCUGAGCUGCUGCCUCUCAGUGGUUCUGAAGAGAGAAUACUGAAAGACUUGAGUGAGGAGGAAGAGGAGGAUGAAGACGAGGAUGAAGACGACGAGGAAGAAGGAAAGCUCUACUACAGUGAUGACUAUGGGGAGGAUGAGUUUUCAUACUCGGACCAGCCACCUGAUGAUGGUGGAGGCCCUGGGGGUUACAGCUCUGUUCGCUACAGUGAGUACGAGUGUUGUGAGCGUGUGGUAAUCAACGUGUCAGGACUGCGGUUUGAGACCCAACUGAAGACAUUAGCUCAGUUCCCGGAGACAUUGUUGGGUGAUCCAGCGAAGCGAGGGAGAUACUUUGACCCUCUCAGGAAUGAAUACUUCUUUGAUAGGAACCGGCCCAGCUUUGAUGCCAUCCUGUACUACUACCAGAGUGGUGGUCGGCUGAAGAGGCCAGUCAAUGUACCCUUUGACAUCUUCACUGAGGAGGUGAAAUUCUACCAACUUGGGGAGGAGGCUAUGCUCAAGUUUAGGGAGGAUGAAGGGUUUGUCAAAGAGGAAGAGGACAAAGCUUUGCCGGAGAAUGAGUUUAAGAGGCAGGUUUGGCUGCUGUUUGAGUACCCGGAGAGCUCCAGUCCAGCCAGAGGCAUUGCCAUUGUCUCUGUCUUGGUCAUCUUGAUCUCCAUUGUCAUCUUUUGUCUGGAGACUUUGCCAGAAUUCAGAGAUGACAAAGAAUUCAUCAUGUCCCUGAGCUUAGGGAAGGGACUUUCCAAUGAGUCACUUCACCUGGAUGCUGGGGAGCACACCAUCUUCAAUGACCCUUUUUUCAUUGUAGAGACAGUCUGCAUCAUUUGGUUCUCCUUUGAGUUUACAGUGCGCUGCUUUGCAUGUCCAAGCAAAGCACACUUCUUCAAGAACAUCAUGAACAUCAUAGACAUUGUCUCCAUCUUGCCUUACUUCAUUACUCUGGGCACUGACUUGGCACAGGAGCAGGGCAGUAAUGGUCAACAGGCCAUGUCUUUUGCCAUCCUGAGGAUCAUCCGUCUGGUCAGGGUGUUCCGCAUCUUCAAGCUCUCCAGGCACUCCAAGGGUUUGCAGAUCCUGGGUCAUACGCUCAGGGCCAGCAUGAGGGAACUCGGCCUCCUCAUCUUUUUUCUUUUUAUUGGAGUCAUUUUGUUUUCCAGUGCUGUUUACUUCGCAGAAGCUGAUGAGCCUGCCACCCAUUUUCAAAGCAUCCCAGAUGCCUUUUGGUGGGCUGUAGUGACCAUGACUACAGUUGGUUAUGGGGAUAUGAAACCCAUAACUGUGGGUGGGAAAAUAGUUGGGUCCCUGUGUGCCAUUGCGGGAGUGUUAACCAUUGCUUUACCAGUGCCAGUGAUUGUCUCCAAUUUUAACUAUUUCUACCACAGAGAGACUGAGAAUGAAGAACAAACGCAGCUGAUGCAAAAUGCAGUCAGUUGCCCUUACCUCCCAACAAAUUUACUGAAGAAAUUUAGAAGCUCAUCAUCUUCAUCCACAGAGGAUAAAUCAGAAUAUUUGGAGAUGGAAGAAGGAGUUAAAGAAUCUCUUUGUGUAAAGGAGAAAAAAAGUCAGGACACGGGGAAUAGCAGUGAGUCAGAGAAGAAAAACUGUGUAAAUUCAAAUUCUGUGGAAACUGAUGUGUAA